GCUUCGACGGCCACCAGGGUUCCCAAUUAAAGAUUCCCGCGUUGUCGCUGUCGUCAACUGAAUCGUUGGAAAGCAAGUCAACACCCACCACCCAACAUGUCUUCCACAAACGAACCAUUCUAUAUUCGCUACUACUCUGGCCAUCAAGGUCGUUUCGGGCACGAAUUCUUGGAAUUCGAUUUCCGCGUGGUCGGAGAUGGUCGCAGUGCCACAGCCCGCUAUGCAAACAACUCGAACUACAGGAAUGAUAGCCUCAUUCGCAAAGAAAGUACGGCCCAUCCCAUGACCUAA